AUGAUCGCCUCCGGAACGGGUGUUGCCACGUCGAGUGGCGGAAGGCCCGCCGUCGCUCGACUUUCGGUUCGUCCGUCGAUGACUCCCUCAAAUACAAGCAUUAAUAUCUUUUCCUUUGAUUUCUUGAUUCUUUUUGCUUAUUUCUGACUUUAAUGAUGAUGUUUUACUUUUCUUCUUCUCCUUAGUCUCACUUGGCCUUUUUCUUCUGUAAUAAUAAGAUACAUAUCGAAGAGUUUAAUGAGAAUUUAUUGUGAAAUAUUAUUUGAAGUUUUAAUUUCUGUGAUUGCUUUCUCGAUGUGAUCGCCAAUAUUUUUGAAUAUAAUAAACUUAAUGAUUAAAACUGCAGAUUAAAAAAAGAAAGCCAUUGAACAAUUAUUUGAAUACAAAGCGAAACCACUAGAAUUUCAAAAAGUUUGCAAAGUUUCUAACACCACUUUUUAAAACUUCGCUUGCUGUCAUCUUGAAGCAGAAAAAUUAGAAAUAAUACAUUUCGAAUUUGGAUUUACGAAUACUUCCCGUUUUGAAAAGUUAUCAGAUCAAAAGAGUACUUCUAAAAUGACCUCAGCCAACCUUUCAAAAAUUUGAGCUUCAUUUUUUGAAAAACCAGUGGUCUGCGGGAAGUGAUUUGAGGAAACUCCUUCGGCCAGCAGCCAAUGUAUUAAAAAGUAUUUUGCAUAACUUUGGUGAAGACCCAAGCAAAAAGUUUUUUUAACCACUGAAACAAAAACCGUAUCAUUUGAUAGCUUCCAAUGAAUCACAGCGAAACGUCACGAACAGUAUGAGAGAAAACUUGAAAGCGUCAAAAGGCACGUUUUUACAACUUCAAGACCUUGGACUACAACCGAGCGUUUUUUCGCAUGAAGGAGGUAAAAGCAGAUUCGGUUGAAGCUGCGUCUUGGCGUGAGUCACUGGGAGACCGGCCUUCCGCGAUGCGCUUGUCCAACGGCGUCAAUGAUUGCCCGAUGCGUUGCCUGCGGCGCUUCAUCCUGCUUCUAGCGUUAGCCUCAAUUCCGACGGGAUCUGCCCUCCGUGCACAGCGCGCUUCUCGACAACGGCUGCAGAGGAUAAAGCAGCUCAUAAACGAGGAUGCGUCCAGGUUUUAUUCUAAUAAGUUAAAUUGAAAUAUUACUGUAUUUUUUUUUUUGAUGAACGUCUAAGGUAAAAGAAGUACCGACCCUGAAAAAAUGUAUGUAUUCUAGUCGAAGUUUACAUCUCGGUUUUGAUGGCAAUUUUUCAGCUAUUUUUUCUGGACUAAGACCGGACAUCUAAUGUCCGCACUUCUACAAAUUUUGUCGAAUCGAAAAAAUUUGACUUUGAUCAAAUUGGAAUUUCAGACAUCAAUCUCUGAUACAAAGUGACUCCGUGGCGCCUUUCGACGACGUGAAGAGAAAUCCAAACGCAACGAGAAAUCACGUGAGACGAUUUGUAGUUGACAGAUAACCGUUUAUAUAGGACGAGUUGUCUGUGAACAACGCGGACGAGUAUUUUCAAGGAGAUGUGGAUUUGUCUGAACAUCAAGUUGAUAUCAUCGAGAAGACUUUCGAUAGAGGGAAACGAGAAAAAAGAAAGGUUGAAGGAAAAUUCAUGAUUAUUAGAUAAAGUUUGUUAGGUUGGUCGCUCACCACUCUACAAAAAAUGGGAUACAGCACGGCCGAUCAGUUUUGAUUUUGCAGAUACAAUCCCGUCUUUGACAAGGCUUAAAAUACGGUUUGUGCUAUGAAAAUUUUUUUUUGUCAUAAUGUUAAAAAAAUAUAAGGUGAUCGUUGAAAUCUGUAAUUAAAAUGAGCAUCGGUACAGAAAUUGUUUUUUUCAAGUGAUGCCAUGCGGCUUUGGCAGCGUCACACAUGCGUUCGAUUCGAAGAAAGCGGUCCAAACGUUGAUCGAUUGGAAUUCUUCGACGGCGGUGGUUGUUCUUCUUUUGUUGGUCGGGUUGGAGGAACUCAGGUUUUUUUGAAAUGACUUAUUUUGUUUCUCACUUUUUGAAGUCCUCUCGCUGGAAAAAUGCUAUAAAAAAACUAAUAUUAAAUUUAAAUGGUUUUUUUACAGGGAAUUUCGAUUGCUACACCUGGCUGUGAUCAUGUAGGAAUCAUCAGUCACGAGAUAGGCCAUGCUUUAGGAAUUUUCCACGAACAAGCACGUCCUGACCAGGUAUUUUUAUACAUUCAAUCAAUUAUCGUUUCAUCAAAGUUGACUUCAAACAGUCGUAACUUGGCUAGUAGUAAAUUUUUUUUGUCAGGACAAAAAAACUAAAAACUAGGAACUUCUAUCAACAAGACAGAAAUUUUUAAUAGUGCUGACGCAAAAUCCCAGAAUAGAUUCUCUUAAUCUUUGAAUGAACUUUCGGGUGAGGAGGUUAUUAAGAGUCUUCGAAAAGCGUUGGUUGCUCAGUCGAAAGUGUCUGCGAAAAUGGAAUAAUGGGAACAGUAUUAGUAGGGUUUGUUUAAUUCCAUUUAAACGCAAGAAAGAAACAAGAAAAACUAACUGUGAAGAUUUUUGAAUCUUUUUUCGCGAAAUUUUCAACGACCAUAUUGAAACUCUCGUAUAUUUUUAGCCAGUCCUUGAUGAAGCAUUGAAAGUUUUGAUUUUUCAUCUUAGGAUCGUCACAUUUCUAUCAAUUACAACAAUAUACCAAUCUCAAGAUGGAAUAAUUUUCAAGCUGUGGGGGAUGAGCAUGCAGAUACCUUCAGCCUUCCUUACGACACCGGUAGCAGUUUUUUUUUCAAAUUCGACAUUUUUCUUUCGUUUUGAGGAUCUGUUAUGCAUUAUGGUCCUUUCGGUUUUGCUGCUGAUCCGUACACUCCCACCAUCAGAACGUUGGAAAAAGUUCAACAGUCGACGAUAGGACAGCGAGCUGGACCAUCGUUCCUUGAUUAUCAAGCGGUGAUUUGUUGAUUAUCUCGAUCACUCACUCUGACCUCAGAUCAAUGUAGCCUACGGCUGCUACAACCAUUGCGGAAACCUUCCAUGCCUUCGAAACGGCUAUCCACAUCCGAAUAACUGCAGCACUUGUGCCUGUCCUGAUGGUCUGAGCGGUCAAUUCUGCGAGAUGGUCAAGCCUUCCACGGCCCUUUGUGGAGGAGUUCUGUUUGUUAGUUCAAUUCUGUCGAUUAUUUUCAUCAGAAGUAUGUUCCAGGCAAACAAAGAAGCAGGUUACAUCAACAGUCCUCAUUAUCCAGACUAUUUUCCUCUUAAUUCUGAAUGUUAUUGGAUAAUUAUUGCACCAGCUGGUUAGUUUUUUUGAAACAAAAAAAUAACAGGAAAAGUCCGUUGAUUCAAUGAAAUUUUUCAAGUUUAUAAAAAAACAUAUUGAUAGUUGGUUUCCGUCAAAGUUCUUCGGUUGUUAUAACAAUUUUUAGAAUUAAAAAAAUUUCAUUGUUUCAAGUUUUUCUAGCCUGAAAAUGCACAAGAUUGUCAAGACAUUGAAAAGAAAAAAAAACAAAAAUACCUUUCAGAAGGACGUGUUUUCUUAGAGUUUGAAGAAGAUUUCGAUUUUUUGUGUGAGGAUACAUGCGAUAAAGCAUACGUUGAGGUCAAAUAUCAUAACGACAAACGAAUGACGGGAGCGAGGUUUUUUUCCACUCUAAAUUUGGAUAUUCCAUUUUCUCAAAGAUUUUGUUGCUCGAUGCUUCCGCGAACUCGGUUCAUCUCUUUUAAAAACGAAAUGAUUGUUCUCAUGAGAGGAUUUCAAUCAACAAGCCGUGGUUUCCGAGCGAAAUACUGGUCAAACCUCGGAGACGCAACUCCAAUACCGGUGAGCUCAAUAUUUUGAAAGACAUCCUUUUCUGAUUUAUAGAUUCUUCCGUCUACCGAAGCUCACACAAUUUCGACUGAAAUUCGUUCUUUUACUCUUCCUUUCACUACUGAGCUUCCUAGCACAUCAACGACGACUGAACGGACAACGACAACUACGAAAAAAGAAACGACUACAACGUCCACGAUUACUACAACUUCUACGGAGACACCGACGGUGAGUUCCGGUUACAGUACUAUUUUAUGAAGAGUUGCAUUUUUUUUCUGAAACUUGAAGUGUGGUUGCUUUUUGAAGAAUUCGAACUUUUGAUUUUUUGAAUCUUGAAACACUUGAAAAUAAAUCAGAUUUUAUUUGUGUUGGCAAACUUCCAUAAAGUCCAGUUUUUAGAGUUGAAAAAGUUUUGAAAUUGAGUUUCACAGUUCCAGGAUCUCUCAAAUUUUUGCUAUUUCCACUUUUUUUAAUCGCCGAAACCUCAGAAAUAAAAAAAAUUUAUUGAUUUACAAUUCAGGAACGUUUCGAUUUAUUCUCUCAGAAUGUGCAAUGUGCGUAGAUUUUUUGAGUAAAAAAAAUUAUUGCUUUUGUGUUAAUUUACAGGGAAGAAAAAUUAUGUCUGGAUAAGGUUCCAUCGCAUGAAUUCGACACACGAGUCCUUCUCAGUAAAUUAAUUAUCCAUCAGUAUCAUGUGUAUACUUUUUUUGAGUUUCAUAAAUUGCAGAUCACUCAGGCACCUAUGACAAAGACAUCACUACCUACUCUGGCGCCUAUUCGAAGUUCCACUCUUUCUCCAGUCAUGUCUUUCACACCGCCAACUUUGUAAGAAUUAACACUGUUUGCCUUUAAUUUUCCAUGAAACAAGUAUUUUAGGCUGCCAGCUAUUGGUGGUCCCAUUGGAGGAAUGUUGGUCACUACAGCCACUCCAGAUACCAUAAACACUGUCUUAGGUGAUAUUGAUCUUUGAAUGGGUUACUUAUUAAUACUAAUAGAAUGCGGAUGCAGCGAUUGGUCGGAAUGGACUGGUGGUUGCUCACAAGAAUGUGGCGGCUGUGGACACCGUUUGCGGACUCGAGAAUGCAAGAAAGAUUCUUGCAGGUGAUUAAUACUUCAUCUCAUAACAUCUUUAUCUUAUUCCUUUUCAGAAAAAAUGACAAACGGCCGUGUAAUUUCAAAACUUGUCCCGAAGGAACAAACUUUCUAAUUAACAAUGCUGAGUUUCAUAUCCUUUGGCGCGGGUGCUGUGUUGGAUUAUUCAGGUGAAAAAAAAACACGACCAAUUUCGAAAAAGUUUAACUUUGCAGAUCUGGAAACGAAUGUACGGCUUUGGAAACGGAUCAAAACCCUUUCUUCAAAAUUAUCAAUUCCUUAUUGAGCAUUCAAGAUCCCAAGAGCAACUCCACUCUGAUUCAGAAAAGACUAAUGAGAGGAGAACAUUAA